CAGAACGUUAGGGCAAGGGGUUGGCGUUACGCAAAGGCGCGCGAGCGUACAGUGGGAGUUGUGAAAUCACGUGGCACACUCUGUCUGUCUGUGGAAUGAAUGACCCAAGGUGCUUUUUGGCCAUAUAAAAUAAAAUAAACGGAAGGAAAUAGCAACACUGGAAGUACCCUCGUUUACUCCGGUUUCCACAUUGACUCUCUUCUACCUCUGUAUUUCCUUCUCUAUGAAGACUAUCGUUGUGGAAGGGAGCAAAUUAUUCGUGUUUAAGACCCCCGAAUCCAUGGCUCCAAUAGGUCGCAAGAAGAAGAACAAGAGGGCUUUCGUGUUUCAAAGUAUACAAUCGAUACUGAACCUUCCAGUGCAUUGGCUUGUGGUGUAGCUUAGUUUCGGGAAUUGAUGAUAAGUACUGUUUCGAUUUGGGGAUUUAGGGGAGAAUUAUGUUCCGGGGAAGUGUAGCUUUUUUGCUGAUCUGAUCUUCUGUUGAUAUAGUUUUGGUGCAAUCUUGCUGAUUUUUAGUAAGAGUAGUAUUUUGUCGGACUGGUUAUGUUUUUUGAGAUUUUGUUAUACUUUCAAUUGGCUCUGCUACAUGGAGUUCUUGGGGAAGAAGAGGAAGGGAGCUGAUAUUCUACCAAGUUGUAGGGAAACCACUAUGCCGUUAACAGUGAUUUGGUCCUAUUUCUCAUUGGAAGAUUGCUCGAGGCAGAAAAAGAAAUGCAAAGAAGAAACUGUUUUUGAAUCAGUUGGUUCUCAUAAGCUUGUAGUUAAUGGAGUUGUUACAGCCCCUCCUUGUGGAGGCAUGUCUUCUGACACAGUGGCAAGGGGUCUAAAGAGGAAAAUUGGGUGUAUUGAUGCAGCUACUCAACUGGGUAGGAAGAAGAAGAUUGAAGAGGAUUAUUAUCUGGGUGCAGUUAUUGGGCAAGGGAAAUUUGGGUCAGUGGUCUUGUGUCAGAGUAAAGCAAGUGGAGAAGAGUUUGCUUGCAAGACAUUGUGCAAGGGGGAAGAGAUUGUGCACCGAGAGGUGGAGAUAAUGCAGCACCUUUCUGGCCAUCCAGGUAUAGUCACACUGAAAUCUGUAUAUGAGGAUGCUGAAUCUUUCUACCUUGUCAUGGAGCUUUGCCCUGGUGGACGCUUGCUGGAUCACAUGGCUAGGGAGAUCUGGUAUUCUGAGCAGGCAGCUGCUAAGAUAAUCAAGGAAUUGAUGUUAAUUAUUAAAUAUUGUCAUGACAUGGGUGUGGUUCACAGGGAUAUAAAGCCAGAGAAUAUCCUCCUUACAACUUCUGGAAGAAUCAAGCUUGCAGACUUUGGUUUGGCUGUGAGAGUUUCAAAUGGUCAAAGCUUAUCAGGCGUGGUAGGAAGUCCCGCCUAUGUAGCGCCAGAAGUUCUGGUUGGAAAUUAUUCAGAAAAAGUAGAUAUCUGGGCUGCUGGUGUCCUGCUCCAUGCACUUCUGGUUGGUAAGCUUCCAUUUCAAGGUGAUUCUUUGGAAGCUGUGUUUGAGGCUAUCAAGAAAGUGAACCUUGAUUUUAACACUGGAACAUGGGAAUCAGUAUCCCAGCCUGCUCGUGAUCUGAUUGCUCAUCUGCUAACAAGGGAUCUUUCAGCUAGAUUCACUGCUGAGGAAGUACUAAGUCAUCCCUGGAUUUUGUUCUACACAGAGCCCACAUUGAAGACGCUAACAUCCAUGCCAAAAAUGAAAAACCAUGUAAGAUUGACCUCACGACAACUGACUUCUAUAGCUGGGGUAGGGUCCGAGAGAAACAAGACAGUAACCAACAUCUGUCUCAAUGAUGACUCUAGGCUAACCUUCCCAUCUGAUAACUCGACAAAGAUGACUGAAGAUGAAGAUGAAGAUUUUGUUGAUGUCCUUGCCAUGGCAAUUUCGCGCGUGAGAAUUUCUGAGCCAAAGAGAAGUCGGGUAUGCUGCCCUGCUAAUCCAAUCCAACAGGAGUGUUCGUCUAACAUGACUGUUAACAACCUCUGUACAGCAUUUUAACUCUGCAGUAUAAUCUGUUGGAUGACUGAAGCUAGCAUUGAGCCAAUGCUGCCAUUAUUAUCUAUAAUCUCAAGGGUAUAGCCUGAGAAUGUUAAAAAGUGCUCUAGUGGUGGCUGUUCAGCGCAGUAUGACCUAACCAUUAUAUGUAUACUUGUUGGUUCCGUGAA